CUACGCCGUUUGCGUAGCGUUUCCCAAGAUGGCGUCGCGGUCGUCGUCGUUGGCGGUGGCCGGAGCGCUGGCGGCGGCGGCGGAGCGGCUGGAAGUGAAGGGAGGGAUGAGGCGGGCGAAAGGCGGCAGCGCGUAGCGGGCGGCUCCCGGCCUGCGGGAGACAGAGCGUAGACCGAGAAAGAGACUGUCGCGGGGAGGCGGUCCCCCUCCGUCCCCCCCGUCCUUCCCCGCCCGCCCGCCCCUCGCGGGAGCCCCGGCGGGUCCUUCCCGGCGCCGCCACCCUGCCCGCCCCCGUCCUCUAGGCCGCGGGCCUCGCCGUCCUCCGCCCCCCCCCCCCCUCCGCCCCUUCCUCACCCCCCCUCCCACCCCAGCCGCCCCCUCGGAGCGGAGGAUGAUGAAGCUCAAGUCCAACCAGACGCGCACCUACGACGGGGACGGCUACAAGAAGCGGGCGGCCUGCCUGUGCUUCCGCAGCGAGAGCGAGGAGGAGGUGCUGCUGGUUAGCAGUAGUCGUCAUCCUGAUCGAUGGAUUGUCCCUGGGGGUGGCAUGGAGCCUGAGGAGGAGCCCAAUGUGGCCGCUGUGCGAGAAGUCUGUGAAGAGGCUGGAGUGAAAGGGACAUUAGGAAGAUUAGUGGGAAUUUUUGAGAAUCGGGACAGGAAACACAGGACAUAUGUUUACGUACUUAUCGUCACAGAAGUGUUGGAAGACUGGGAGGACUCUGUCAAUAUUGGAAGGAAAAGGGAAUGGUUUAAGAUAGAAGAUGCCAUAAAAGUUCUGCAGUAUCAUAAACCAGUGCAGGCCUCGUAUUUUGAAACCUUGAGGCAAGGUUGUUUGGCAAACAACGGCACUCCUGUCAUGACCACGACGUACUCUGAGAGCUCUGUGUCUGACAUCAGAUGACUGAAGACAUCCCUAUGAGAGAAAUCUUGAAAAAUAGACUGAAACGUGGAUUUCCCUCCCCCCUCCCCUUUUUCACAUGCCUCCUCUAUCAAACAAGGCAUGGGCAGCAGCCUGUGGCAGAGCAAGUGUUAAGAGUGCUGCAAUUUAGUGCAAGGUGGGAUUUUUUUUUUUUGUUGGCUUUUUUUGCUUUUUUGGAUAUGUAUUUUGUAAAAUACAUUUUGUGCAUGAAGUGCCCCUUUCCCGUUACACCGCUUCCAUGGCCUGGCGAGCGAGGCUGCCAGUUUCGCCUCUGCCUUGUGUUCUGAAGUGUCCCAUUUGUGUCAUCCCAGCCAUAGCCACUUUUUUUUUUUUUUUUUUUUUUUUUUUAAUUAAAAGACUUCAAAUGUGAGAUCAGCUCUUUAAGUCUUAGUCUGUACUGUAAGGUGCUGUUCAGACCUGUGUGGUGGUCACUUUCAGCACGUAUGUAUAAACUUUUUUUAGAUGGAGAAUCUAACAUUUUAAUUUUGCAGGAAUUUUUUUAAUCCUGGUCUGCUUCUGAAAAGAAGGGUUCAUAAUUAAUCUGUUUGCCUUUUGUUCUGUUUUUUAAAAAAUACACGUUCUGUGACAGUGCUAGUGGCUGGGCCAGUUUACUCCCCGUUCAGUAUCUCCUGAUUUAGUGCAGUGACAAUUGAAGUUGAGGGCAGAGUUUUGAUCACCUGCAGACAUCCCUGCUGCUCCGUUGCUUUUCCUACAGCUUCCGCCAAUGUUUCUGCAUUUACAUCAAAAUGAAACAAAAAGGAGUUGGUCUUUUAACACUUGGCCAAAAAUAAAUAGCCUCAGAAAUGCUACGAUAGAAACUGAAUUUCAUUGUCUGUGGUAGGAAUCAGGGAUUCAAAGUGGGGUCAAAGUCUGACAAACUGGAGCAUCAAUCACCAAUGCUGUUCUGCUGAUCCUGCUGCGUUCUGCUGAUGUCUCUUCUUGUCCACAUGCCUUAUACCGUGCUGAACUGGAUACUUGUAAUUUGUGCUAAAGCAUUGGAUUGUACUUACUGAGUGUUACUGCACGAGCCCUCGGUUGGAUAACCGUGUGUGUCCCUGAAAAGAAGUCCUGGGGGAAAAAUUCAGGUGUUCAAUCUCUUGUCCUGUGGUUCUGCAGCACUUAGAAUUGCACCAUCGAGCAUGCUCAAAAUGUUUAAACUCUCCCUCCGUGAAAGGUACAGCUGACUCCCGAGCAGAAUUGCUAGUUGGAGAAGUACACUGUUUAAUAGGAUAGUUCCCCUGAUGCAUUGGCACGCUUCCCAUUAUUUUUUUUUGUUGUUGUUUUUAUUGAUGUAAGUUUCAUGCUGUCUUGAUUUGCCAACAGUGUUGUCUAGUUGGGAAAUGAAAUGGGAAGGGUUGGGGCUGGGGGGUGGGUUGGGACAGGUACAAGUUUUGGGAGGGGCAUUAAUUAAUCCCUGGCUUGGGACAAGAAGUAGUUGCUGAAUUUCAGUAACUUCUCCUUUGUCAGAGCAUAGCCAAGAUGUGAAAUUAAAUCUGCAGUACUCUCUUUUUUUUUUCUUUUUUUUUCUUUUUUUUUUUUUUCCCCUCCUCUUUAUUUAACAAAAAAUAUUCUAAUAAAUACUCACUGUUCCAGAGUUUUCUCUCUUCCCGAGAAGCGCUUACAAUAUGAAAAUCUGAUAGAAAUAUCCAUGGAGCCUGGGACAAGGGGGAAUGGUAUCCUUGCUGGUUUGGCAAGAAGCUGUUCAUUUUAAGAUCCUAUUCUGUUCCUUCACUUGUUCUCCUUGCUUUCAUCAGUGUGGAGUAGCAAGGCCAAAAGCAGUGCCAGUGAUCGCUAACAUGAAAAACCAUGCAUAAGAAAAAGCUGAGAGGCAUUAUUCAAGAAGUAGCUUGAAACCAAGCAUCUGGAAUUGAGCCUAAAUUACACCAGUUCAGUUCACUUCAACUUAGAGACGAAUGUACAAUACUUUCUUACUCUGUGCUGAUCGGCCUGAACCAAACUCUCAAAAGGGCUUGAAUAUUGUAUCUGGAAGUGUACAAGAAGUUCAGACAGUCCGCCGUUACCAAGCCGUGAGUGGCACCUAACACAGCCAUCUACUGCCUUCAAUUGAGUUUUUGUCUUUAUUGUACAGAUUAGUAUGUUGAAAAUGCUUUGCAACAAAACAGCUGGUACUCCUGAAAGAGUAACUGCAGUUUUAAUAUCAACAGCAUGCACACUUUUGUUUUUAAACUAAAAAUGUUUUUACAGGGCUGUUAAAUUGACAAUUUAGGGUAGAAUAUUGUUAAUGACUUGCUAAUGGCUUAUUUGUUUGGGUCAGAAAAAUAAAUUGUGCCAAGAAAGUGUUUUAAUGUGGCAUGAAUUGAUGCUGUUAACACAGUAACAUCGAGUGGCUGAUAGUACGUCUUCUUAACUGGAAAUAGCUCCUGGGGUAGAAAUAGCCUUUAUUCAACAGAUGCGAAUUUCAGAACAGGCCUUAGUCCUGUGCUACCUGUGUCUCUCCCUGCACCAUCUUCCUCAGCAUCUGAGGUUCUUCUCUAGUAACUGGUAUAGCUGCGUGCCCUAGCAGUUUAAGUGAUUUUAUGCAAAAUGAUGUUAAAUUGGUUUGGGACCGACAAUCAAACUACCUUUAUUAGUGACAAAAGAGUUGUUUAAAGAGCGGCGUGCACUCUGGGUUUCGCAGUACAGGCUAGUGCCUGCUUGAUUAAACUGCUUAGGGCUGCUGUCAUGACCAACUGCUAAAAAAACCUGUAGGAUUAGACUUGGACUUCCAGCGUUGCUAAAACUGGUGCUAUAUUGAGCUAGUGUUGGAGAUAGUGUGAUUCUUACCUCAAACAAUGUAGUGUCUAGCCUGACCCCUUAAAUCGAGCAUUACAAUGUGUCUCAGCUUCCUGUUGAAGAAUAAUGUUCUUAGUUUGGCUUUCAACAUAGCUUCCAUCUUACUUGGCACUGGUGUAUUCGUAGGUAAAACAGAGGAAUACCAAUGCUUCAUUUAGACAUCCUGCAAGUUUGCAACAAAUUUGUCAAGUCACCCUCAAGUUGCAGGUCUCAGACGCUUGUCUGGGUUCUCUGAAAUCCAGCUUGGGAUAAAUGCCGGCCGUGUUGAUGAUGCACAGCCUCCAGCUCAGAGGGGCUACUGUUGAUUACCUUUUGGCACACUUCUGAACCCUGGGGUCUCGUGAAAAACUUCCAGUGUCCUCUGCAACUUCUUAGGGGUAAUUUUGCUAAUAAGAUUACUUUUUCCCUUGCCACUCUUCAUACAUGUAUUCAUGGUAUAUACAAGGACACCUCACUCUUGAUACAUCAAGAAGCAAGUCUGCCUGCAGCAAGGAGGAGGAGGAAAAUUAUUGGCCCUUGAAACACUUGAGUACUGGAUUUCUCUAUGCACCUAAGUGUCACCUCAGGAUUGCAAGAUGAUGAGUGACAGAGGAAGAGGGAGACCCGCUGCUCAGCGCAGGGAGGUUCUCUGAGCAGUUCCCACUCUUCAACAUUGAUUCACUUCCUCUGAUAUUGUCAAAAUUAGAAAUCCUUGUAUAGCGGAGUUGCAUCCUGCCAUCUGGAUUUUUAAACGUAUUUGAGGCCUUAAUGGGAGAAGAGAAGUGCAUUCAGCGCUUAGAUACCACUGCUUAGCACGAUGAUCUUUUAAACCUCAAAAUACUUUAAAAAUCUGGAUCCCUGUCACUGGAAGCGUUUGACAGACCAGCUCAGAUUACUGCUGUGGCAGGAAAAUGUUAGCUGGUGGUUUAAGCUGAUGCUGGGUAGCGGGUAUACUGGCAUUUGUUGACUCCAGCAUGUAUGUAUCAAGCUCCAGCAUGGGAGCAGGAAAAAAAGGAAGACACCCCCAGGGUACAAAUGUCUCCAGCAACUGCUGCUUGAUUCUUCUAGCGGGAUUUGUCAGACAGAUCCCGUACCUUUCUGGUGUUCUUAAAUGAUGCGUAAAACUCAAGAUGCAGGUGGAUGUCCCUCUGCAGAAGAGUGCCAAGUGUAAUUAAACUUAGUGGAGCUGAAAUUGUAUGUAUCAAGCUCUAGAAAGUCUCUUUCAAAUGAGGUUUUUGUAUGGUGGAACAGGGAUUUUGAUGCAUUAGUUAAUGUCGGCUUAGAAAUCGUGUGCGGUAGAAAACGUACGGCACCUUUGUCUUGAAGUGGUUACUCUAAGAUGGUUUUGGGGUUUCAAAUGUGACUUUGCUCAUGUUGAGGCUUUUCAAAGGCACAUUUCAAAAGGAAGAACCUUUUUUCAGUUAAAAGUAAGACAUCAUUUUCUGUUUGGUGAAGCUUUCCCACAGUAUUUAAUAGGUGUGUCACAUGGCUGUGCAUGCUGGUAUUCCUGCCUGGCUGUGAGAGGCUGUGAUAUGACACUGCUGGGCCCAAGAGGUGACUCCUUUUCCUCGGAGAUGCCUAGAGAAGAGUGAAAGAAGGAGUUUUUUUUCCCAUUCUCCCUGAAAUCCGGCAUUCAGUGCUGUUAAAGUACUUUUGGUCGCUUCACAAAGAUGUCUUGGUUUCUUCACAAAGAUGGAUUGUUUAAUUCUAGACAAUAGUUUAUUGGUGAUAGAGAAACUCGGUAUUGUUACAAAGCCAGGGGAGGUUUGUACCUCCUUUAUCUUUGCACAGCAUUUCUACUUCUUACCAGCACUGGCCGAGCUGUUUUGUGCUUUUUUAGGGUUAGCCAGAGCUGCUCUGGCAGAGCUCAGCAAAGCCUUGCUCAGAACUGCAGUGACUUCUUAGAAGUACGAGUGUUUGGCAUUUGCCUCUCCAGGUAUAUCAUUUGGCAAGACAUUCCUUUGAGUUAAUGGCUACUUCGCAAACUGAAAAAGAGAUAUUUUUUCAAAUUGAAAAUGCAUUAGACUUUGAACCGUAAAAACUCUUUAGGACUGAGGCAGUGACAGCUGAGAGGGUGCAGAACAUGAUGGCAGUCGUUCUCACUGGCUGCUGUGCCAUGAGCACCGGAGAGGGUAAAUAUUACUUGCUAGUGAUUUUGAACUCUCAGAACAAGGCAUGUAGCCUUCUGAGUGGUUUUACAGCUGAAAUAUCUUGAGAUGAAUCUACCAAAGAGAGAGUGUUGGAAUGAGGCUGUUCAGUAAAUGUAGGGCGGUUGCAUUACGUGUAGCAAAAAGAUAAUUCAGAAGUUGCUAAUGGUCAGCUCACUUGUUUGUGUUUAAUGCUGUUGAACAGAGCUGAAGUCGUAGACUGGUAUUACUGAUAAACUCCGUUAGCCAGUAACUGUAAUUAAAACUGAAUAGAAGGGCAUAAAAAUAUGGGCUUUAACAGAGGGGCACUUCGUAAUGAGUUUUUUUAAGCUGCUGCGUGGAUCAGAUGGGGAGAACGUAUCUGGCUCAUUGAAGUCUUGCUAUUUCUUCCCCACAUCCCUUGCUCAGUACGUUCAGUAUGGUAAGAUGCAAGAAGUACUUGGGAGUGGCCGUUGGUUCUUGAUAGUAAGCCUGCUGUGAUUUAACUGAGUCUUCUGUGUAUGUUACACUAUAAGAAACUAUUAGAUUUACAGGUAAAGGGAGCCCAGCCAGGGCUCUCCUCAGAUAACAUCUCUUGCCUUGCUUUGCUGUGGGAAGGUGGCAUGGACAGGUGAAUGCAUGUGCUGUCUCUCUGCAUCUCUUUAAAAUACAUCCUUUGGGAUUUGUUUCCUUUUUCUUCCAUUCUGGGGACAUGGUUUGUUCUUAGGUUGAUUUGGUUCCAGCUUAGCAAGGCAGGUGUGUUCUAAGGGCUGUGCUGCGAAAUAAAAAUGCUGAGUGAUGCUGGUGGGGAAGGGGCAGAGCCUUACUGGGGGGGCUUGUCCUUCAGAGAGCUCCUUCACCCAUGGGUGGCUGUGGAGUGCUGCACCCAAAGAACCUGCUGCAUCUCCUGUGAUGAUGGCCUUCAGUCUCGCUGCUGUGGAGGAAGGUAAGAGCUCUGGUUCGGGGGCUGGAAAGGAGCUGCAAUUGAAGCAUUCACAUCAGCUUUUUUACUUGGCAGAUGGACAUUGUGUGCAUUUCCCAGAUUUCUGUUGAGCAAGAAGGCAGUUUAAUUCAGCGUGAUCUUGAAUGUGCCUUAAAGCAAACUAUAAAAAAUUAAAAGGGAUUGGAAUCUGCUAGUGUUGCUUUUUCCCUUGUGCAGACACGAAGUAUUCAGUGGCUAAAAAUGUGGGUAGGGAAUGUCAGGAAUCCUCAGUUCCCAGAUCUAGCACAGACAGCCAGAUGCAAUGUUUGUACCUGUGCAGAGCAUCCAGUAAAAGCAAAUGUGGGUGAUCUGGGAGUUUGUGAAAGAUAGGUUUGAAUAUUUAACUUUCCUGGAGUGGAAGCUAUGGCUGGUGCCGAUUCUCAGGAGAAGAUUGAAAUCUGUCGGUCUCUUUAGCCAAACUUGCACCGAGAAAUGAAGUUGUUGCAGAUACUUGUAGGUGUGAAGAGCUUUUAUCUUAUGAAGAUACUCAACAACAGUGUAUAAUUCACCGACUGCUCUGGUCCUGCUUUUAAAUGACUCGGUUUUCCCUCCUGGCUCUGUUCUUCCUGCUUAAUAAGAUAGCAUCAUCUAGUGGCUACAUCACAGCCUGGGGAUGCAGGUGACCUUGCUUCUGGUGUACGCUCUCAUCAUGUCUCAGUGUUAGAGACUAUAACGUACAUAUAUAUAUAUAUAUAUGAUCCUCACUUUUCUCAAUGUUAGAAUGAAUUUAAUACAGUUAGAGAGGACUCUUGGCUUCAGUGGUGGAAGGUGGUGUGUAGAUACGUGUAGUGUUUUACUGGGUAUAGUGUCACGAGGUCUGUACAUAAUUGAGAGAGGUGUAGAUGGGCAAAAAAGAACACUUAACUGGAUUGAAGAUGUAUUUAGGAGAUUUGUAAAAUCUCUUUUUGGUGCUAGUUGAUAGGGGGGGUUUUUUUUUCUUUUUUUUUUGGUGGGAAAGUGAGAAUUUUGAAGUUAUACUUGAGAAAUUGGCUCUGGAAUUGCCUCAGAAAUUAACCUUGGGAGGUCCAAGAGUGUUUGCUGAACUUCCUGUAUGUCCUAUUUUAUAUUUAUUAAAUCAGAAGACCUGGAACGAUCACUUUGCAUUUUCUGCUCAGUCUUUUCAAGAACUCUCUGUACCUGAGACUCCCUGGCAGCACCCCCGAGCUGGGAGAGCAGGAUCCCAGACCCCAUCAGAGCAUGUGCCUGGCAGUGGGAUAAAAAACCAGGGUACAUCACCCUGCGAGCGGCACGAGCUGGAUGUCUGUGGGUAUGAGCCUGUCUGCCUUAGGCUUUUCCAUUCCUUAUCGAACCGAGAUACCUCCGAGAUCAAAGCUGCGGGGCUUUGACUGUCUCUUCUGUUCAUGUCUGAGCUGGUACGUUCGAACUCACCUUCGUGACCAAGGAUAAGACUUUGAUACCGAUCCAGGUACUGACCUGCACCGACCUCUCCUGCUUGGCAGCGCCAGCGUGAGCAGUCCCUAUGGAAAAUGGGGUUUUUUUUGUUUGUUUGUUUGUUUUUUUAAACCUUACAGAUACUUUUCUGAGUCAUUCAAGUGUCCAGGCCUGGGGUGGGGGGGACGAUGGCGGCAGCAGCAGCACGCGGUGAGUGAUGUCCUGGGGUUUCCUGCUCCUGUGUGAUGUGGUGGUGUUGGUUGGGAUAUCUCAGUGGAAGCUCUGCUGCCUGCCCAGCUUUCACAUGGAAAUGUCAGCGAGUUUGGAGGAGGAAAACUGAUGUAGAGAACAAACUUGCUAACUUACUAGAAUUAAAACAAGCCUGAGAUUUUCAGUGAUUUUUCAAUGAAUCAUAAGUUAAAUACUCAAUUCUCUGUGAAUUCUAGAUGGUUUUGGACUUGUAAUUCCCAUAAUCUGUUUUGCUUUAUUUUUCUGGCUGCAGACUUCGGUUCCUCACUCCAGUGCUUUGUGUUUCUAAUCUUCUGGUAAAGUUAACGUGGGUUUUUUUAUGACAUAUUAAGUUGAAACAGUUUGCAAAAACACUUUACAACUGCAAGGGCACUUUGGAAAUCUAGCAUUUCAGAUGAUGCUUUUUCUUACCGGCUUGGACUUGUUCUUACUUACGACACAUUUGUUCAAAGUCAAAUGCAUUCAGUAGAAAACAUGUUUUGUUUUCCUUGAGGCUCAGAUCUUAGUUCGAGCCUAUGAAUAACGCAGGUGCUCUCUUGCUCCUGCUUAGUCUUGGCUGGCAGGUAUAGCGUAUACCUACAUAAUUUUGACCUUUUCAUCCAUAGCAUUUCCAGAAAGACCAGAGGGCUCUCUAUCCACUCCAUGCUCAGCUCUGGUGUCAUUACAAACCCCCGUCCCUCUUCCGCAAUGAGUCUGGGUGUGUUUGGAGCCAGAUGUUGAGACGGUGUGAAGCUGCGCUGAUGUAUGGCAGCUGGCGGUCUGGUUCUGUUCUCAAAGUGUUUCCUCUGUUUGAGUUGUGUGCGAGGGGGAGGUCGUCACUGUCUUUAAAAGAUUAAAAAAAAAAAAAAUUAAAAAAAAAAUUUGUGGAUGCAAGUUUGACAAGAGUGUAGGCUGUAAUCUAGUGCCAACCAAUAAACACGCCAGUAUUUCACACA